UACAAGUGGUACCGCGUUGUUCUGCCUUGGGCCAAACGGUCCAAAGCGAACUUCAUGGCUGGGAAGGACGAGCUCGCCGACUCGCUUAACGACCUGUUCACCAGCGUCUCCACCAUGAUCAGAUCCGAGCUCCAAGGUACGAAUAAUCACCUGGAAUUGUUGGAGAAGAUGAAUCGGAGAGUGGCAGAAGAGUACAACGGCUUCGGCGACGUGGCCUCUGGGCUGAGAGUAUUCGUGGAGCAGUUGAAGAACAAGAGCAGCAGCUUCGACGAGUACGUCCAGCAGAUCAGUGAAAUAGAGCGGCAAGUGACAGAUUUUGAAGCUGUCAUCUCGAUGCUCGAUAAGUACUCGUCUUUGUUAGAAUCCAAAGUGCAAUCCCUCUACCAAAACCCUCCCACCUCGUAAACUAAUCAACAUGUCUGUCUGCUUCGUAUUUGUUAUUUGAAAUCUUUGAUAACGGUUUAGUUGGUUCAUUGAAUUGUGUUUCUUGUAAAUGUGAUCCUGUUUGGUUAUUGGAACAGUAUAUUAUGGUUCUUUGCUUUUGUCGGACA